AUGACGCCGUACCGCACUCAGAUCAAGACCCUGAUGAUCCUGCAGGUGAAGAAGCCAGAUGUGGUGUUCCAGGGCUGGCAUGGUUACACGUGGUCUGUGGUUGUGAGGCUGGUUGGACGAGUUCCUGGACAGACAAUCCACCCCUUUUGGCUCUGCUCACACAGUUUCACUCACUCCGUGCUCUGUUGGUUCACUCCCAGCGACCUAGAGCCAGAAUGGCUGGACGACGUCCAGAAGAACGGCGAGCUCUUCUACCUGGAACUGAGCGAGGGCGAGGAAGCGGCGGCAUUGGCUCAGGCAGCCGCCAAUCACGGCCUCUCCACCAAUCACGUCCGCUUCAGCGAGAAGGAAGCGGAGAUCAUCAGCGACGAGUCCAGGAAGCUUCCUGAUAGUGCUCCAACCAAAGCAGAGCCCAAGCUAAAAAGACUGGCCAGGAUCCUUCGGAGGAAGCGGCGACCAUCCCAGAGCAGAGGGCCCGACGGAGGAGGCGAAGACUCGUCAUCUCGUCCAGUAUCCAUCUUGAAAAACCAGGCGGGGCAGAGAGUGGGGGUGAUGGUCCAGCAUCUGAAGGAAGUUUUUCUCUACCUGAACCCCAAACGCCUGGGGAGCUGCUCCCCUCCUCCCCCGGAGAGAGGGGGUCUACUGGAGGCCCUUCUGGGGGUGGUGCAUCGCCCGUCCUGGGGCAGGGGCCAGGGAGACCCCGCAGGGAGGAGGGAGGAGAGGAUCACUGUCCACGGCCUGGUGCCCAACAGCCCAGCCGUCAAGUGUGCACAGAUACUGAUAGGUGACAACCUGGUCGCAGUAGACGAUGUGGAUGUUACCACAGAGAACAUUGAGAGGGUUCUGUCCUGCAUUCCUGGUCCUACCCGGGUGAAGCUGACCCUGGAGACAGCCAGUCCAGGAGGACCAGGGGAGGGAGGUGUGGACAUGUCCUCUGCUCCCAGGCUCAGGCCCUCUCCUUCGGUUAGCCAGCUGGUGCGUCUGCUGUGGGGCGAGGACACGGUGGAGCUCCAGAUGUCUAUAGGACACAUCCCUCACAUUGUCAUGUACCUGUCACUCAAACUGGACUCAGACUCCCCACUAGAAGAGCAGGAGAUCCUGUACCAGUACCCAGUGUCUGAGGCGUCCAGUCAGCUGAAAGGAGUCCGAGGGAUCUUUCUCACUCUGUCUGACAUGCUGGAGAAUGUCACCGGGGGGCAGAUUGUCAGCUCCUCUCUUCUGCUCAAUAAACAGCUGGUCCAUGUGGGCUACUGGAAGGAGAGCAACAACCUGCUGGUGAUCGCCCUGCCUGCUGAGAGGGUUCCUCUGUUGUAUCUGCAAACGGUAGUGGGAGGCGCAGUGAGGACUCUCAAGGUGAUGCACGGCUCUCUGGACAGUGCAUUCUGCCAGGCGGACCACGCCCCCAGGCUGGACCAUUUCUUCUGCCUGUUCUUCCAGCAGCUCAUCCAGCCUUCCAGGUUGAGUGACAGCUCUGGGGCCACGCCCGCUGACCUAUCGGGGACUCUCUUCCUGGACGGACUGCCAGCGGUCCAGUGGCUCCCUCUGCCCCCUGAGAUAAAGAUGGAGGUGGACACUGUUCUCUCAGACUUUGAAUCGUCAGAUUUCGGAGAAAUGUCAGAGGACUUCUAUGGCAUGAGGCGUCUCUACGUGACACUGGGUUCCUGUCUGUUCUACAAGGGCUAUCUGAUAGCGAACCACCUCCCCAAGGAGGACCUGCUUGACGUUUCUCUCUACUGCCAGCACUACUGUCUCCUCCCCUUGGCCUCAGAGCAGCGCGUGGGCCAGCUGGUUGUCUGGAGGGAGGUGUUCCCUCGCCACCGCUCACAGAUCCACCAGACCAAGACCAUUAGCAACCACUGUACCAUGCCUGGCUACUGCCAGCCCCAGGGACGCUACUUCCUACUCAUAGUGGGACUGAGGCACUUCAUGCAGUGUGUGCUCCUGGAGGCGAGUGGCUGUGCGGCCCCUGCCACGGGGGCCCCAGGGCCCGACUGUGUGUAUGUGGACCAGGUCAAGGCUACCCUCCUACAGCUGGAGGAGCUGGACUUAGGGAUGGAGGAACGCCUUGCCGCCCCACCUGCCCCCUGCCUCUCCUGUGCUGACUGGUUCCUCCCCUCGUUUGUCCGUGACAGGUUAGACACCCUGACUGCCUCGUCUCCUGUCCUCAGCAGGCUGGCCGGGGGCGUGAAGCCGCCCUCCUCGGACCAGGGAGGAGGAAAGGUGGUGGGGCGGAGCCUGUUUGGACGAGGCGCUCGGAGACCGAGCACCAAGAGGAGUCAGUCCGACAGCGGGAGCGAGGGACAGUCGGAUGGGGGUGUAGGAAGGCCGACUGGACUCAGUCCACAGUCCACCCCCGACUCGGCCCGGAAGCUGGUCGGUCAGAGAGACUCGCUGGGUUCUGGAGGAUCUGAUGGGAGUCGAGGCAGUGGGAGCAUUUUCAAGAUUCCCAGGAUGAAGCAUCCUAACCCGUUCUACCUGGGCACCCUGAAGAAGAGUCUGACUGAGAGAGAGACAGGGGAGAAGUACAACACUAUGAAGUUGACGUCUGGGGCAGAGAACACUCUGUUCCACUAUGUGCUGAUGGAGAAGGUGCAGGGUAUCUUCAUCGCUCCUACACACAGGGAACUGGCCCAGCUCAGCGGCUCCAUCCACCCUCAGCUCAUUCGCAACUUCCACCACUGCUGCCUCUCCAUACGGGCUGCCUUCCAGCGGAGUCUGCCGCCCAGGGGCAGGCCAGGUACAGACAGACCCCAGGGGACCCAUGGGCUGGGCCCAGUGAAGGAACACGGAGUUCUGUUCCAGUGUAAACCUGAGAACUGGACCGACCAGAGGAAGCCAGCCCCCACCAUGAACUACUGGGUUAUAGGCCGGAUGCUUCUCGAACCCGUCCCUCAGGAAUUCUACGUGUGUUUCCAUGACUCCGUGGCAGAGGUUCCCGUGGAGAUGGCCUUCCGCCUGUCUUUCGGCCUGGCCUUGUGACGAGCCGUCUGCCAACAGUCUCUUAUGAACUCUGGUAACACUACUACCUAUCGGCAGACAGACAACCCCAGAGCACAACCCUGUUCAUUAGGCACCAAACGGAAGAAAACAGACAGACGGGGAGGUACAUAAACUCCAAUAAGAAAAUGCUUGUUCACAUUUUCUAUCACAAAAUAUUUUGCUACGGUUUUCCCUUAAUGAACACAACCCUGGUCUUAAAGGUUUCCCAGUUGACAUCAACGCCUGCUUGCAGUCAGUCGGAGAUAUUCUGGGAUCUAAGACUCCCUCUUGUGCCUUGAUCACCUGACGGCAGGUAACAGGAAACCUCACAGACCAAGGUUGUUCUCUGUUAGCCUUGGAUCAGCUCCAGUGGAACAGCAGGACUGCAUCCAGAUAGAAAUAUGUUUUGUGGAACAAACAUGAGGUAAAAGGAAGCGCGUCAGCUCUAUUCAUGACAUUUCUGUCUGUAACAUCCCAGUACGCUUGCCUACUAAACAGGUUUUGGGGGCGACAGGUAGCCUAGUGGUUAGAGCGUUGGGCCAGUAACCAAAAGGUUGCUGGAUUGAAUCCCCGAGCUGACAAGGUAAAAAUCUGUCGUUCUGCCCCUGAACAAGGCAGUUAACCCACUGUUCCCCUGGUAGGCUGUCAUUGUAAAUAAUAAUUUGUUCUUAACUGACUUUCCUAGUUAAUUAAAAAAUAAUAAAUAUACCCUGGGUUUAUCAGAUGCUAUGUUGUGUCCAAAAUGGCUCCCUAUGUAAUGAAUAGAUUAACUAAAAACUGAGUAAUAAUACCUCAGAAAACAUGCUGGAUUUUAUUUUUUUAAAGGGUAGAUGUGAGUUUGCUAGGAAAGUAUUGUUCUGCUAUUCUGGCCAUAGCAAGUCUCAUUCUAGUUCUGUGGUUCUGACAUUCCUGUUAGCUAGACCAAAUAAUAUGGGAAAAGUCUAAACAGCAUUCUUGGGACAUACCAACUCUUACGUCACGCCAUUGCGGGUGAAAUGUAAAACGGUAAGGGUUAAGGUUCGGAACGUCCCAAGGAUCCCAAACAGCACUGACCAAAUAAUAUGACUGUUCUUGCCUGCUAUCCUUUCCACAUUGGCAUGGCAACACAGCUUUAGGUAGAGUUCUAUUCAUGUUGCUGUUUUGGAGGAAGAUAAAAUAUCAUAACUUAUUUAAGAUGUACAGUAUUUUGUAUGGAAAUGUAAUAAUUUGUGAUACAAAUGCACAUUUGUGACAAUUAAAAGAAAAACAUA